UUGCAGAAAUGCGACCAUUGCCUAAAUUGGAUAACUCCAUCAUCGAUUUAUACAAGGGGGUUGGCAAGCUUCUUCGUAGUUACACAGCAGGCAAAAUGCCCAAAGCAUUCAAGCACAUCCCUUCAAUGCAACUUUGGGAGGAUAUCCUAUAUCUGACUGAGCCUGAGAACUGGUCACCAAAUGCUCUGUAUCAAUCCACAAGAAUUUUUGCUUCCAAUUUGGGUGCAAAGAAGGCAGAACGCUUCUACAAACUAGUUUUGCUCCCACGAGUGAGAGAAGAUAUUCGGAAGAAUCAGCGGCUUCAUUUCGCUUUAUAUCAAGCUUUGAAGAAGUCGCUCUACAAACCUGCUGCAUUCUUCAAAGGAAUAUUGUUCCCUCUAUGUGAGUCAAGGACCUGCAAUCUUAGGGAAGCUGUCAUAAUUGGGAGCAUUAUACAGAAGGUCUCCAUUCCUCCCCUUCAUUCAAGUGUUGCAUUAUUGAAGCUUGCAGAGAUGGAAUAUGGUGGUACAACAAGCUAUUUUAUAAAGCUUCUUUUGGAGAAGAAGUAUGCUUUGCCACAUCGUGUACUUGAUGCUACCGUUGCUCAUUUUAUGAGAUUCCUCGAAGAUACCAGGAUAAUGCCUGUAAUAUGGCACCAAUCAUUACUUGCAUUUGUGCAAAGGUACAAAAAUGACCUGCGGAAGGAGGAUAAAGAUAACCUUAGAAAUCUACUUGAAAUGCAAAAGCACAAACUAGUUACUCCUGAAAUCCGCCGGGAGCUAAAUAAUAGCCGCAACCGUGGUGAAAAGGAGGAUGAUCUUAUGUCAAUAUCCUCUCCUGUUUCUGUGAUCAAUAAAACUAUUGAAGAAGACAGGUUUGAUAUUCCAGAGGUUCCGAUGGAGGAGGAUUGAUUGAUUGCCUGGUGGAGUGCCCAAAAAGAUACAGUCCAUGUUUGCUGGGAGAAAUGCAAUUUCAUGGCAAAUUUUUGUACAAGUAACAAAAUUUUGGAUUUAUUAUGCCUUUUAAAUGUUCUCUUUGAGCACUCGUGGGACAAAUUUCGUAUUUAUCUUAUGUUGUGGGCAUGCAUCCACAUGCUUCGAAAAAAAAAAAUCCAGAAACUCCAUGAUUGUCCAA